GGGAUUGGGGCUUGAGGAGCUUGGAUUGCUAGUCCAACAAGAGGCUAAAGCGAGGGGUAUAUAGCUACCACAGACAAUACACAUUGUAGAGUGGUAGACUACAUAGUGUUCCAUACUUGUGUUGACUUUGUGGCACGGUAGUGUUCCUUGUCAGUGCUGUAGGGCAAGGCGGCGUUUGUGGCUGGUGGCUGUGGCUGCGCGUGACGUGCCGGCAAAAGGCUCUCAUCAAGUGGCAAAAAGUUGUGCCUCUUCAAUUCCAUCAUGUCGGGAUCGUUGGCUCUUGUGGAGGCUCUCAAUGAUGGCUACAGGCGAAUUGAAGUACGUGCUGGCCUGGCCAUUGAAGGCUGCAAGGCGGCGAAUGAGCUGCUUCAUCGCCUGGUCACCACCUUUGCAUCGCAUGCAAAGUCGUUGGCCAAAGUCGCCGAGCUCGUUGAGGCGCCCAACAAACUCGCGGCCGCUACGGAUCUGGAGGCCAUCGAGCUGCCCAAGGCUGUGACCUCGCUCCGCAAGACCAAUCUCGUCUCACGGAACUCAAUCCGUGCCAGCAUGGCGGUCUCGGACUACCCGGCGCUGCACGCCCUCCCCGCCAACGCAAGGGCUCGUCGCGGAGUGUGACGCUGAUGGCGAUGCCUGCGGCGUCGGCCAAGGGCGCGGCCAGUGCGUCUGCUAGUGGGUCGGCUGAGGCGGGUAGUGGGCGAAAGCUGCCGCAGCUGCCGCCCGGGGCUGAGGCCGAGGCUAGAGCUGGGGCGAAGAAUGAUGCUGCAGCAAGAGCGGCUGUGACGGCUGUGACGGCGCGCGAGGUAGAGGCGAGCCUGAUGGAGCACCUUGCGCUGCGCGCGCGCGAUGCCGAGCGAACAACGGCCAAGGUCAAAUACGCACUGACCAAGUCCAAGGAUGUGAGCAAAGCGGUGACCAAGGUGGUGAAGGAGCUGAAAGCACUGACGAAGGACUCGAUGAAGGCGCUGGCAGAGGCGACGGCUGCGAUGCAGUCCGCGCGGGUCGAGUACAUCGCACGGGCCGAGGCGGCCGAGACCGACGAGAUCACGCUGGCGUCUGCGGAGAAUACCGAGGCGCGGGCCAAGCUGGCGGAGCGGGCGCGCAAGUCGCAGGCGAAAAAGGCACAAGCCGAGGCUGCGUAUCUGCGGACGGUCUCGGAGUUUAACAUGGUGCAGGGCUCGCAAACGCAGAUGGUUUUGCCACGGGCACUGGAGCUCAUCCACUCUGCCGAAGAAAUGCGGCUGCAGUCGAUGCGGCGGACGCUCGACGACGUGGUUGCUGCGCUCAACCACGACCCGCUUGGCGUCGGCGCGAGCGCGAGCGGGCUGAGCGCGGUGGUGGCGGCGCUGGUGCCGCUCGAUGACCUCGAGGUAUGGAUGGCGCCAAUGUGGGAGCUGGCGUCGGUCCAGCCACCGACGGUCAAGUUCCACCCGUACUUUGGCGAUCUAUUCCGGGCGAUGUUCAACAUGCCGUUGGCGCAGGAGAAGGCGCUGCGGCGGCAGCGGCGGCGGCAGCGGCGCGCAAUGGCGGCGGCCGGGAAGCAGGUGACUGUCAAGCCGCGACGUGUCGGUGGUGCGAGUGGCGGCGACGAGACACCGGCUGCAGCUCCGUCGGUGGCGGCGGAGGGCAGCGAUGGCGUGGCUGAGCCUGUAGGCUCGGCGCCGGCGCAGGGCACGGGACGGCUAGCGCUUGUGGCGCGUGGCGAGGUCCGGCGGUCGGUCUCUGAAUCGUCUGCCGGGAUGCAGCGGUCUGCGAGAGCUGCGCAACAUAGCACCGGGAGCGGGGCUGGCGGCGAGGGGGGCGUGGAAGGCGACGCUGGCGAUGAGGUCCGAGUCCGAGGCUCGCGGGCGUCGUCCAAGGUCUCUACGAUCAUCGACAGGUUUUCUGUGCUGGAGACCAAGGUGGAGAGCGUGGAGGAGACCAUGUAUGGGUCGCGGCUUGUGGUCCGUGGGUGGCUCCGCAAGAAGGGCGCGCGUGUGCGGUCAUGGAAGCGGCGGUUCUUUGUCAUGCAGGGGCGGUCGAUCCUGUACUUUAAGAAGGCGCCGCCGCGAGGUAAGGAGUCUGUUUCGGACGCGGCCGGGCUCAUCCAUAUCUCGCCUUCGAUGACGGUGAACAAGGCGUCGUACGCGGACGCAUCGAAAACGUUCUUGUUUGAAAUCACGGUGCCGGACCGGACGUAUCUCAUUCAGGCCGGCGACGAGAAGGAGCUUCAUCGGUGGAUUGUGCUGAUCCGGCGGUUCAUUCAGGACUCAAUCGACCUGUCGAGCGCGGCGAUGGCACCCCCGAUCUCGCACGCCAUCACCGCGGCAGCAGCGACCAAGGGCUCGCCAAGUCCGGCGUCGCCUGUUGCACACCAGCACUCGCGGUCACUUUCAUCGGCAGCGUUCCUGGAUCCCGAGUCUGAGCCGGCGUUUGACCUGAGCGACGACGAUGAGGAUGAUGAGGACGAGGAGGACGAGGUUGAGGACGUGGCCGAGGAUGGGGUUGAGGACGUGGCCGAUGAUGGGGUUGAGGACGUGGUCGGGGACGUGACUGAGGACGUCGCCGAGGACGUGGCUGAGGUCGAUGCUCGGGACGUGGCUGAGGCCGAUGCUGGGGAUGCAGCUGAGGUCGAGGUCGAAGCCGAUGCCGGCGCUGAUGCAAAGGUUCGCGCCGCGAGUGAGAGCUCCGGAAGCAGCGGUGGCGGGAGUGGGGCGGGCAGAGGUGGCUCGCUUGGUCUGCCGUCGCAUGUCAAGCAGCGGACGCGGUCAGUGUCAGACUCGCGGGUGCGUCGGACGCGUCCAGACAUGGAAGGCAACGCCCAAGGCGGCAACAUCGGCAAUAUCGGCGGCGGCGGCGGCGGCAGUGUUGAGACCAGCACCGCGAAUGGCGGUAGAGGAUGCGUGGCUGACGACGGUGGCUCGUCGGCUUGCAAGUCUGCGCUGCAGCAGUUCUCGACGUCGCUGCGGAUGUUCUGCGAUUGCGUGCUCAAUCACGACGGGUUCUCGCUGGUGCCGUCACUGACGUGUCUGUUGAUGGACUUUAAGCCGCUGGCAACGCUCUUCCGGAAGCACAACAUCGACUUUUCCGAGACGCGCGACGUGCUCUCCAGCCUUGUGGCGCACUCUCGGCCGAUUGACGGCAACGCGUCGGCGACGCCCGAUGCAUGGCGGUCGCUCAAGCUCGAGGUCCGCGGCCUUGUCAAGUCGUCACGCGAGCUCGGCGACAUGCUGAUCGAGGCCGAGGGCGAGGUUGCCAGUUGGUAGAGGCAAAGAUAAAGGAAGAAGACUCGUA